CCAGAUUCUUACUUGCAAUAUAUUUCACAGUCCCAUCCCUCCAAACUCGCCGACCACCCAAAAACGACGUCGUAUUCCUCCAUCUCCGAUAGCUCCAACCACCGUAGCUCGGCCCAAGUCGGACCUCCCCAACCAUGAUUAAGAACCGCUCAUACGUCAAGAGAACCAGAGGCGGCAGAGUCACCAAGGUCGUCCGAGAGCACUAUCUCCGCGACGAUAUCUACUGCGGUGCUCCGGUAUGCAAAGGCUGCGACACCUCCAACGCUCGCUUGAGCGCCACCGCUUCCACCGUCCUCAUCCUCGACACGAAUGUGGUGCUCAACCAGAUUGAUUUGAUUGAGAAUGUGGCUAUUGACGACGUGGUUGUGCUUUCGAUUGUGCUCGAGGAGGUCAAGAACCGGAACAUGUCGGUUUACCAUAGGCUUAGAGCUCUUUGCAGCGAUUCGUUGCGGCAUUUCUUUGUUUUCUCUAAUGAGCAUCAUAGGGAUACAUACGUCACCGACAUGAGUGGAGAGAGUAAAAAUGACCGAAAUGAUAGAGCUAUUCGCGUGGCUGCUCAGUGGUACCAAACUCAUCUGGCUGGUUCGGUUCGUAUUUUACUUUUAACAAAUGACAAAGAGAAUAAGAGGAAGGCUCUAGAAGAGGGGAUUGCUGCAGAGACAGUGGAGUCGUAUGUGAGAUCAUUGAGCCGACCGGAUUUGCUUGAUCUGCUUGUGCAUCCUGGAUCGUCAGAAGAUGUAACAAUGGAGGAUGUUGAAGAUUUGAGACCAUCAAAGAAGAAAAUCAUUUACUCAGAGCAUAAACCGUUAUCGGAGAUUACUUCUGGUAUCCAGCAAAAUCUCUACCAUCAAGGAAAACUUAGGGUGAACCGAUACAAUCCAUUUGAAGCAUAUGUUGGAAGCCAGAGCAUUGGUGAAGAAAUAAUAAUUUAUGGACGUGCGAACAUGAAUAGGGCCUUUGAUGGUGAUAUAGUGGCAGUCCAGCUUCUGCCACAGGAGCAAUGGCACGAGGAGAAAAAUCUUGCUAUUGCAGAUGCAGAGGAUGAAGAAGAAGAAGGUGUUCAUCUAAUUCCUGGCAGUGCUGAUGAUGCUCCUAGAACCACAGCUCCACCACAAAGUUCCACUGGAGAAUUAUGUUCUGUUUCAAGUCGUCCAUCUGGCCGUAUUGUUGGUAUUAUAAAGCGGAAUUGGCAUUCUUAUUGUGGAUCUUUGGAGCCAAUGGCUAAGCCUGCUGGCAGUGGUGGUAUAUCGCAUGCCUUAUUCGUCUCAAAAGAUUGUAGGAUUCCUAAGAUCCGAAUUCAAACUCGACAGCUAGAAAAUCUUUUGGACAAAAGAAUUAUUGUGGCUGUUGAUUCUUGGGACUGUUUGUCUCGUUAUCCUUCUGGCCAUUAUGUACGAACUAUAGGACAGAUUGGUGAUAAAGAUACUGAAACUGAGGUGGUCUUGAUUGAGAAUGAUAUAAAUACAAGACCCUUUUCUACUCAAGUUCUAGCAUGCUUGCCGCCACUGCCAUGGUCCGUGUCUUCUGAAGAUUUGGCAAAUCCUGUUAGGGAGGAUUUGCGACAAUUACGUGUCUUCAGUGUGGACCCUCCUGGAUGCAAGGAUAUCGACGAUGCACUUCAUUGUACAGCUCUUCCAAAUGGAAAUUAUGAAGUUGGUGUCCAUAUUGCUGAUGUUACAAAUUUUGUACAUCCUGGUACCCCUCUCGACGAUGAGGCUUCACAAAGGGGCACAUCAGUCUACCUUGUCGAUCGACGCAUUGACAUGCUUCCUAAGCCUCUGACAGAAGAUAUAUGUUCACUCCGAGCUGAUGUGGAAAGGCUAGCCUUUUCUGUGAUUUGGGAAAUGACAUCUGAAGCUGAGAUUAUAUCUACAAGAUACACAAAAAGUGUCAUUAAAUCUUCUGCCGCAUUGUCUUAUGUGGAAGCUCAGGCAAGGAUGGAUGAUAGCCGGAUGACAGAUCCAGUAACUACAGAUCUGAGAAACAUGAACACAUUAGCAAAGAUAAUGAGAUCAAGACGUAUAGAAAGAGGAGCCUUAACUCUUGCAUCGGCGGAAGUCAAAUUUCAAAUUGACACUGAGACUCAUGAUCCCCUCGAUAUUGGUAUGUACCAGAUACGUGAAGCAAACCAAAUGGUUGAAGAGUUUAUGCUUGCUGCUAAUGUUUCAGUUGCUGAGAAGAUUCUUAAACAUUAUUCUUCGUGCUCACUAUUGAGGCGCCAUCCUACUCCGACACGAGAGAUGCUUGAACCUUUGUUACGGACAGCUGCUGCUGUUGGUCUCAACUUGGAUGUUUCAUCUUCAAAAGCACUGGCUGAUUCACUCGACCAUGCUGUGGGUGAUGAUCCCUACUUUAAUAAGCUGAUCCGUAUAUUGGCUACUAGAUGCAUGACACAGGCAGUUUAUUUCUGUAGUGGGGACCUCAGCCUUCCAGAAUACCUACAUUAUGGGCUUGCAGCACCUCUCUAUACACAUUUUACCUCUCCUAUAAGGAGAUAUGCAGAUGUCAUAGUGCACCGGUUGCUUGCUGCAUCUCUGGGCAUACACAAGCUUCCAACUGUAUUCGAUGAUGGAACCCAACUCAAUAGUAUUGCUGAAAAUUUAAACUAUCGACAUAGAAAUGCCCAGAUGGCAAGCCGGGCCUCAGUGGAACUCCAUACCCUGAUUUUUUUCAAAACACGGCCAACAGACACGGAGGCAAGAGUUGUCAGGAUAAGAUCCAAUGGAUUUUUUGUAUUUGUCCCCAAGUUUGGCAUAGAAGGGCCUGUGUACUUGACCCCAAGAGGUCAGAAGGGAAGUGGAGAAUGGUUUGUAGAUGAGCAACAGCAGAAGAUUAGAAAAAUGGAUGGUAGCAUUUCAUACAGUGUUCUGCAGACAGUGAGAAUUCAUUUAGAGAUUGUCGAGCCCCAGCCGAAUAGACCCAAGCUCGAGCUUAAGCUGUUGGAUGAGUAACCUGUCCUUCCUGUAUCCCGGACAGUAGUGUGAACCAGGAGCCAUUGAUGCUUGGUUGGAAUAAUCACGACUCCGGGAGCAGCAGCGGUUGCGGCACAGGGAUAUUGUAGUUCAUUUCAUUUAUCUUGAUAUUUUUUUCUCAGCGCGAGUGUUCACAAAUUACUGUAGAUUCUGAAAGAUUAGAAGCAAACUGGCCGGUUAAUGAC